GUUCUUCUCCAAAAAUCUCCACUACUCUUGGACUUUUUAACACUUCCAAAAUUUUAACAUUAUUCAACCAAUUCCAUUACUACAAUGUUUGAGAGAGAAAAUUAAAAUAAAAGAACACCUUCUUAGUUCUUUCUUUUCUUUUCUUUUCUUUUAUUCUUUCUUUCCACUUUGGCGACUCAAUCAUUUCCUCGAGUCCAAUUCAAUUUACAAAUUCUUUUUGCUCAUAUCACCAACACCAUCUUCUUAUUAAAUCUUGUUAUUAUUUUCUUUGUUUUCCACCAAAAUCAACAAAGAAAUUAAGAAUCAAAGAUGGACACAGAACAACAACGUCGAAAGAGAAAACGUGUGGUUGGAAAACACCUUCACAUAUCAUCAAGAUCACUUUUUCUUUGCUUCUCUUUCAUCAUCUUACUCAUCUUUUUAUCAAACUAUCAUGGUUUCUUCACACACAAACCCCCUUUAACAUCUUCCACUUUAUCACUGCUCUAUUCUUCAGCAAGUAAUUCAAUUCUUGACCCUCUUCAACCCACAACAACAACAAAAGCAAAAACAAAAACAACCUCUUUCACCAUACAACACCAACUCAUAUUCCCAAAUCACUACCUUCUCAUCAUCUCAAACAAUCAUAAAAAAAACCAACCCCAUGAACUUGAGUGUGUUUACUAUAAUCUCCGAACGAACCGGUCUUCUCCCGGUUCAACUGAACCGGUCCUUGAUGUUCAAGUUAAACCGGUUUUAUCCAUGGACUAUUACGACGAAUCCCGAUCCAUAGCAAGGUGCCCAUUUCCUCAAACGAACUAUUCAACCUCCGGCGGGUCUAAAGUCGUCGACUUGCGGCGGAACGGCGAAGUGGGUCGCUGGAGUUUGGGUGUUUUGAAGAACCAAACGCCUCAAUCUUGGGAAAGGGUGGCUUAGGAAGCUAGUUUGGAUGAUGAAACUGUUGUGGUUUUUGUUAAAGGGUUGAAUCUUAGACCCCACAAGAUCUCGGAUCCGACCCAUUUCCGAUGCCAUUUUGGGUUGAAGAGUUUUCACAAAGAUGGUGAUGGUGCUGCUUUUUUGCUUAGUACAAGAGCUGUUUCUGUGGCACAAGAAAUUGUGAGGUGCACUUUGCCACAGAGUAUAAGGAAUAAACCUGAUAAGGCUAAUGGUGUUAGGGUCACUGUUAGUAAUUUGAGUGGGAAUUUGAGGCAUCAGGUUCGAACCCUUUUUCCUUCAGUUGCUAGAAUUGGUGGUAGAGUUGAUAGGAAGAGGAAUGGUAAUGAAAAAUAUGAGCUUUGUGUUUGUACUAUGGUUUGGAAUCAAGCUUAUGCAUUAAGGGAAUGGAUUAUGUACCAUUCUUGGCUUGGAGUGGAACGUUGGUUUAUCUAUGAUAACAAUAGUGAUGAUGAGAUUGAAAAAGUGAUCAAGGAUCUUGAUUUUGAAGGGUAUAAUGUUAGUAGAAAGGUUUGGCCUUGGAUUAAGACACAAGAAGCAGGGUUUUCUCAUUGUGCUUUGAGGGCUAGAGAGGAGUGUAAAUGGGUAGGGUUCUUUGAUGUUGAUGAGUUUUUCUAUUUCCCUAAUGAGUUUAAUCAUAAUAAUCAGCCAGUGCAGGUUUUUCUUGGUGAGAAACCAUUGAGGUCGAUGGUUGCGAAUUUUUCGUCUUCGAAGUCGAUCGCCGAGAUAAGAACAGCUUGUCAUAGCUUUGGCCCUUCUGGGCUAAAGUCACACCCUAAACAAGGGGUUACUAUAGGGUACACAUGUAGACUUCAGUACCCCGAACGGCACAAAUCCAUUGUGCGGCCGGAUUUGCUUGACCCGAGUCUUCUGAAUGUGGUUCACCAUUUUCAGCUAAAGGAAGGUUUUGAGAGCUACAACAUGCCUGAAGGUAGUGUUAUAGUGAACCAUUACAAGUACCAAGUUUGGGAGACUUUUAAAGCCAAGUUUUUUAGAAGAGUUGCUACCUAUGUUGUUGAUUGGCAAGAAGAUCAAAACAAAGGUUCAAAGGAUAGAGCACCAGGACUUGGAACAGAAGCAAUUGAACCAGAUAAUUGGAGUUUAAGGUUUUGCGAGGUUAAGGAUACUGGAUUAAAGGACUAUCUUAUGUCUUAUUUUGCUGAUCCUACGACAAAGUUGAUGCCUUGGGAAAAGUCUUUUCUAUAAUGGAUGGAUACAUUAAUCAGGGUGCUGAUAUCUUGGUAGUUGGUGACCCAUGUAAAGGAGUAUAAUCAUACUUUGUUAGGCAUAUUCAUUAUUUUCAUUGUUUCUGGGGGAUAUUUGUCACAAAUUUUGGUUUUUUAAAUGAUUUUUAUACAUAUGAAAGAAAAGAAACUCACAGAUUAUAGUCAUGUAUAUUUGCAGCAAUAUGAAUGAAUACGCCUUUUGCAUUUUUUGACUUCA